UGAAACUUUUUCAACGCGACAUAAUGAAGCACGUCACAGUUUCUGUUCUUUUAGUUUUAUUGGUUGAUGCUCAAUUUAGUGAUAAUUAUUUUCCCGUCGAGUGUUAUUCACAGGCAAAUGAUACGCUAUACCUUCAAUUCAUUUGUACUACAGACCGAAGAGAUCAUUGUUUAAAACUACACCAAUACGACGUUUCAAACGUGAAAUCGAUAAAAUAUUUGUGUAAAACUGAAAAGUUGAAGCUCUUUAUGGACGUACUGAAACCAUUUACAGAUGCAGUUGUUUUGGAUAUAUCGAAUCUUGGAAUCAAUAGUGUCAUGUUCGAUAGCGCUACAUCAAAUUAUGUUAUUAAAGACCAGUUAUUUUCGCAAUUUAAACUCAGUGCUAAACAAUUUAAAGCAUCAUACAAUAACCUUAGUACAAUUGAAGUUCAGAUUUUAAGUAAAAUGCCACAGAUAGCUGACAUUGAUUAUUCGCACAACCAAAUUCUAUACUUGAAUUUCCAUCAAUUGGAUAAUCCAAGUCAUGCUUUGAAAGUAAACUGUUCAAAUAAUAAAAUAAAGUCUAUUAAUAAAGGAGAUUUUUCAAAGCUUCAAAUGCUCAAAACAUUGGACCUAAGCUUCAAUGACAUUGAGUGGAUUAAUGCAGAUGGAUUCUUGAAUAUAAGCGAACUCACUGUUUUGAACUUGCAGAACAAUCCAAUAACACAGAUCGAUUCAAAAGAUUAUUUAACAUAUUUUUCAUCACUUUACAAUCUGCAAACUUUAGAUCUGAGCAAUUCUCAUAUUCAAACCAUUAAUGAUCAUACGUUUGCAAACAAUCAUAAAUUGAUAAAUUUGAACUUGGGUAACAGUUUAUUGAAGAAUCUGAAAGCCACAUUCAUUUCAUCACUGAAUAUGUUGGAAAAAAUAGAUAUCAGCAACACUAAAAUCGAAGAAAUUGAUGACGACUGUUUUAUCAACAAUCCAAAUAUGAAAAUGUUAAACUUGGAAGGCACUUCAAUGAAUAAAUUCAAUUUCAAUACAUUUUCAUCAAAAGCAAAAUUGGUUGAAGUGCAUCUUCCGAAUAGAAUCUUAGAAUUGGAUAUAAGUUGUGCGAAGUCGAUUUGUCAUUUCAAACAGUUUGACGAAAAAGAUUACUUCGAGAAUAUUCAAGCUUUCAAUGUUUCGGGAAAUCGAAAGCAAAAUAUAUCGAAAUUAUUGAAAAAAAUCGGACCGAACGUUGAAACUCUCGAUCUAUCACAGACAGAUAUUCGAACAUUGAACGUAGGAAUGCUGGAGGCAUUCCCCAAAUUACUACAUCUUAAUUUGAGCCAUUCGAACAUAUCCAAAAUUGAAGAUGGUGCAUUUAUCAAACAGUCGCAGCUGAUACAAACACUGAAUUUAGUUGGCAACAAAUUAAGCAAACUCGGCAUGGUCAGUUCAAACAAUUUACCAAAACUGAAAUCACUUAAAAUUUCGAAGAAUUUGUUUGAUUCUUCUUAUUUAUAUAACAACUUAAACGAAUGGAAGAAAAAUGGUCUAGAGAUUGAUGUAGAACUUGUUCAUCGUGCUACAACACAAAGAACAACGGCAAAAGCUAUUUCAACAAGUAAAACUACAACAAAAACUGGACCUAAAACCACAACUACAGUCAAAACAACAACUAUGGAAGCAACGACGCCUAAAAUUUCAACUUCAGCUUCGAAACAAUCUUCAACUACGACGGAAUCAGCUCAAAGUGAUAUCAAAACAAUAAAUGAAACCACAACUGUUAAUUCUACUUCAAUUGCAAACCAAGUAACAACGACACAAAAUUAUGAAUCUUCGAGUAAAAAUACAAAUUCAGAAGUGUACAUCUACAUUGGUGGCGUGUUUAUCAUCAUCAUAAUAAUAAUUAUUUUACUGGUCAUUUGGUAUAUUUGUCGAAAAAAAUCAACCGUUUACGAAGAUCCCAUGCAGCCCAUGAAAACCUUACCUACGGCAUAUGCUGUUGGUCGUCUUUAUAGCUCCGACAUAGGCACAAACGUGACCACACUUCCAGCACAGAGAAUUGGAUGUACUGAAGAAAUAAAUGAGCCCACGCGACCCAUGAGAACCCUGCCCACGGCGUAUGCUGUUGGAAUUCUUCAUCAAAUGCCAAAUUAUGAAAACUUACCAGCGCAUACCACUACUUUAGAUCGUUAUUAUCAAUUUGAAAAUAAUUAUAACGCUUCAUUACAAUCAAAUGAAUAUGCAACCGUUUAUCAUCAUUAUGGUUUCUAAGCCGAAACCAAAAUUUUUCCAAAAAGUUACGCGAUGAUGGUGUUGAGAACACCAUAUACAUAUAUAUGACCAUCAAACCACCAUAGCCCGAGAAGCUGUGGAAGUAAAUACUAUCGCCAUAAGAUUUAUAUCAAAUUGUAGGUUAUGAACAAUAUUCGAAAAAAAAUUUGGUUCAUUUUUUGUACAUCACGAUACCUACCUGUCAAUAACAAUAAAAAAUAUGCGUUUCUUUACUCUCAA